UUCCGACGGCAGUAAAUGCAGCACCAGCUCCGUGAAACAGCGACAGGGAAGUGCAUGACACAGUUUCCGCAUCAACGUCGCCCAAACAACGAUCCUACCAUGGCAACAGCGAGAAUUUGUGUCCUGUUCGUUGUCCUUUCUGUGACUUUAGCGGAAGACUUUCAAUUAAAGUACAAACCGUCCACCAAACCUGUACGACUAUUCACUGAGGAGGAGCUGAAGAGAUACGACGGCAACGAGGAGGAACAGCCUAUCUACAUGGCAAUAAAAGGAGUUGUGUUUGAUGUUACCAAGGGAAAAGAGUUUUAUGGAAAAGAUGCACCAUACAACGCCCUGGUGGGUAAGGACUCAACUCGGGCUGUGGCUAAGAUGUCUCUGGACCCAGCAGACCUGACAUCUGAUACGACGGGGCUCACUGAAGAGCAGCUGGAGUCUCUGGAUAGUGUAUUUGAAGGCACGUACAAAACAAAGUAUCCCAUUGUGGGUUACACAGCAUCACGCAUCCUCAAAGAGGAUGGAAGUCCCAACGAAGCCUUCAAACCAGAGGACCAGCCCCAUUUUCAUAUCAAAGAUGAGUUUUAAUCUCAUUUUACCUUUUUGUUAUCUUGUUGUGAAGGACUGUUCAGCUUUUUUAUAUAUAUAUACUGUAUACAUAUAUUUUUUUUCUCUUUAAAUGACCAGAAUCGAAGCAUAAUAAGUGCAAUACGUGUACAAGAGAAGAACAGAUUACAUAUUAUGGAAACAUUUCUUAUUCACUUAAACUAAAGGUUUACAUGAUUCUCUGUUAUUUGUGGGAACUUUAUUUGCAAAGUCCCAACAAAACCAUUUCAACACUGUAUCUGUUUUUGAAUUUUUUUAUGUCCAGAUUUAAAUAAGCUUGGUUUGAAAAACAUUGGAAAAUACAGUGGAAAGUAAUGCAGUUUUGCAGAUUUUUUGCAGAUGUUUUAAGACUUAAAAGUUUGUGAUGGAUUUAAGAACAUCCUUCUUGUGUCAAACUGCAGCGUGACCUUAAGCCCUCAUGCAGCUGCAGUGCAUUAUUUGUGGUCAUUGUAUUAGUCUUCUACAUUUGUCAGGGCAAUAAGAACAAUUGAUUUAUUUCACAGAAAGACAUAAAAGUCAAAUUAAACUAACUUAACAUCAGCAAUAUUUUAGUUGCACUGCCACUUGAGAUAAUUUUCAUCAUUGAUAGUAAUAUAUUGCCUAUUGUUUAGUGUAUAAAAUUACAGAAAGGAGUGAAAAAUGCCUGGGGCAGCUUCCCAGAACUCAUGGUAAUGGGUUCAAAUGAUUUGUCCCAAAUCCUGAAAUGUUAAAGGGAUAGUUCAGAUUUUUUUGUGAAGUGUGGUUGUAUUAGGUUCUUAUCGGUAGUCAGUGUAUUACCUGCAGUAGAUGGUGGCCAGCACGCCACCGGUUUGGUGAAGCAGGCAGGAGUACGGACACAGACGCUAAGAAAUGUGAAGCUGUGGACGGGAGCAGAAAAAUUUAUUUUAGCCAAGGGAUAAAAAAAAAAAAACAGUAUCAGUUUAAGUGCACGCAAUUUUUUGAAUUUUUUCACCACUUCUCUUUACCGAACUGAAGUAGUUAUCAAUGCUCUCUUCAAAGCCACCAGACUCCAUUGACAAAAACAAUUAUUUUUAAUUUUACCUCACAAAACGCUGGAGUUGCUGCUCUACUUCUACCUCGAAUGAUUAAUAUGUUUGUGAUAUUGUGUGACUUGUUGUUUUAAAGGGUUAGUUUGGAUUCUCCAAAGUGGGCUUGUUGGUUGAUAAAAGACUAAUUGUUCUAUUGCUGAUUUAUUUUCUGUCAAUUGAUUAUUCCAUUUAUCGCUUCAGCUCUUUUAAUAUGUAAUGUCAUUAAAUGUUUUUCCCACUACAAUCAUUUUGUAAUAAAAUCCACAGAAUAUGCAGCUCUCUGAAUGUUUACAUAAUCAAAGUAUGAGUGUUUGUUUCCUUCCUGAUUUUGUCUUUGUACAGUCACCAUUAAAGUCUGUCAAUCUGAAACUUA